ACGUGGCUGUGAGACCUCCUCCAAAGAAGAGAGCAAAGAUGGAGUUGAAUCGAUUGACGAGAGAGAAUGACAAGGAUGAUGAUUAUGAUCUGCCAAUGAUCUUCCUCAGCCCGAGCCCGAGUCCAGCCAAAGAGCUGGAAAAGCCAUCAGCACCAAGGAUCACAAAGCCUCGGCCCAAGAAGAGGAAAAGAUGGCCCAAAGCAGACAUCACUAGCCAGCUUGCUAGUGAACUUGAGAGAAUGGCAGAACAUAUAGAGGAAGGUGAACGACAGUACAAGUGUGAGCUUUGUGGCAAUGAGUUUGUGUUUCCAAAACGGUGUGUGACUCAUCUUCUGAACACCCACAAUGUUACGGCUGAUGAAGUGAUUAAGAAUGUUGUGAUAAGGAGAAGGGAAGCAAGUCCAAAAGUUUGUGAUAUCUGUGGCUACAAGACUAAAGAUCCCAACUUCUACUACAUCCAUUACCACAAGUAUUUCCGACAUGGCGUGCCACUUCCACAAGGAUGGAAACCGUUUACUUGUGACAUCUGUGGCAAGGAGUGCUUCACCAAGUUUCAGUUGAAGGACCACAAGCUUAUCCACCAGGUAGAGACUCCGUUUGUAUGUGAAGUUUGUGGGCAGGGAUUCAAAAGCAGGACCUGUCUCAACAGCCAUGUUUUCCACAGACACAGUGAUGAAAGAAAACAUUCAUGUUCUGAGUGUAACAAAACUUUCAAGACAAAAACACAGCGACUUGUUCAUAUGAGGACUCACACAGGGGAGAAGCCAUUCAGCUGCCCUGACUGUCCGUACAAGAGUACCACACGAGGAAACAUGAGGCUGCAUCUUUGUAACAAACAUAAGUAUGACCCUGAACGUAUCAAGGCUCUUAUGUCCCAGUUGAAGACUCUAGAACCUGGGUUUGAUGCCCCUAAGAUGUAUCUUGAAACUGGUAGUCUGGACCAGUCUGGUAUGACACAUUCAGCAUCAGACACUUCUGGGAUAGCAGACACUUCGCUAACUGUGACAGACACCUCCAUGCCCACUGCUGAAGUUCUAGACAGAGCAGUCAAUGUCAUUGCAGCAGAACAUGCCAUGCAUGCCAUCCUGCUGCCUCUGUCUACGACAGACUCCACAACAUCUCAGAGCAUCACAACCAAUACAGUGGAGUCAACCAUCCCCCUCACUACCAUUACCACUGAGGCCCAAGUCCCUGACCAGCCUCCCUCAUCCAGUCCCACACUCAGCCCUCAGAGACAGCACGCCAUGGCCACCAAUGCCAGUCAUUUCUACAUGCAGCAUUCUCCCAUCAGCCCUCCUCCUUCCUCUGACUCCCCCCACACCCCCUACCCAGUCAUCACCAGCUUGCAGCAAGCUGUGUCGCCUCUCAACCUCCAGGCGGCUCAAGUAGUCACGACCUUGACCCCAGCAUCUGUUCCUCAAGUCAUGACCCCAGACGCCACCCAGACAUAUGAGACGGUGACUUCAGUAGGCAAUAACCAGCAGCCAUAUGAUGCAGCUAUGAUUCAGGCAUAUUAUCAGCAACAGCAGCAGUUUUAUCCCCAUGAUUAUAACUAGGUGAUAAAACACAUAUGAGCCUUAUGACAGUGGAGAGUUGAUCCUGGGUCAAGUACACUAUGAUGCAGCUAUGAUCUAGGCAUAUUAUCAGCAACAGCAGCAGUUU